UCAUACUAUAUCAGCGUGGAGGGCAGCUCUCUCUCUCAUUUCUCAAUUUUCCUAAAUUUUCUCUUUGGCUCUCUCAUCUUCUCAGGCAAGUCUCUCCGUUGUUGAUCCGUGUGAAAAUAUGGGGCUGUCUUUCACUAAGCUGUUUAGCCGGCUCUUUGCUAAGAAAGAGAUGCGUAUACUGAUGGUGGGUCUCGAUGCAGCUGGUAAGACCACCAUCCUUUACAAGCUCAAGCUUGGAGAGAUUGUCACGACUAUUCCUACCAUUGGAUUUAAUGUGGAGACUGUUGAGUACAAGAACAUUAGCUUCACUGUUUGGGAUGUUGGAGGUCAGGACAAGAUCCGACCAUUGUGGAGACAUUACUUUCAAAACACACAAGGACUUAUCUUUGUGGUUGAUAGCAAUGACAGAGAUCGUGUGGUUGAAGCUAGGGACGAGCUGCACAGGAUGUUGAAUGAGGACGAGUUGAGGGAUGCUGUGCUGCUUGUUUUCGCUAACAAACAAGAUCUUCCAAAUGCAAUGAACGCAGCGGAAAUAACUGAUAAGCUUGGCCUUCACUCUCUCCGCCAACGCCAUUGGUAUAUUCAGAGCACAUGUGCCACUUCCGGGGAAGGGCUGUACGAGGGUUUGGACUGGCUCUCAAACAAUAUCGCCAACAAGGCAUAAUUCUGAGUUUUUGAAUUGCGUCAAUGGCUGGAAUAUACAGAUGAUAGUGCUACUUUGUGUUAUGAAUUUUCUUCUUUUAUUUUCUUACCACCUUUAGCAGAUGUACCUGUUUAACAGUGCUUGUCAUUUCUCUUGCAAACCCUUGAAUUUGUUUCUUGUAGCUUAAGAAGAAUAAUUCUUAAAUUUUUCAUUGUUCUUGACGCCUUUAGUAGCAUAUUUUUUGUUGAA